CGGACCUCUCGAUCCCAGUUUGAAACCCGCGUAAUACGAAAUUGCACCCUCGCGCCUCGUCAGCUUCAGACGUGUGCCGCGAUACCGUGACUCCCGUCGCGUCUCUCCGCGAUCACUUCUCGCGUCCUAUAAUAAAUAAUUUUUGUUCAAACAAUUCCUAAGAGACUUUUUCGAAACUUUAAUUCUCGGUCGUUGGCUUCCCACUUCGCAGCGAAGGCGAUACCGAAAGAGAUUCGUGAAGUGAAUAGAUUGUGAAUCGUAUUUAUAGUGUGCCACUAGUGUGAUGAAGUGUCAGUGUUCGUUUUCCUUCAGGAUAGACAUUAAACAGUUAUACUAAAAGGUAGCAAAGGUGACCGGAUGAAUAAUAUGUAAGACGUCACCUUGUGACCAACCACAGACAAUACUCUUUGUGAGUGCCAACCAGCCGGUUAAACACCAAACGAAGAUGGGUAAGAAGAACUCCAAAUUGAAGCAGGACACCAUCGACAGGCUAACCACUGCCACGUAUUUUACUGAGAAGGAGAUACGGCUAUGGCAUAAAGGUUUCCUGAAGGACUGUCCCAACGGUCUCCUGACUGAGCAGGGAUUCAUAAAGAUCUACAAACAGUUCUUCCCUCAAGGUGACCCCAGCAAGUUUGCUUCACUAGUUUUUCGAGUAUUCGACGAAAACAAUGACGGAUCCAUCGAGUUCGAGGAGUUCAUACGAGCGCUAUCGGUGACGUCAAGGGGAAAUCUCGAUGAAAAACUACAUUGGGCUUUUCGUCUUUACGACGUAGACAACGACGGAUACAUCACUAGGGAAGAAAUGUACAACAUAGUGGACGCGAUCUAUCAGAUGGUGGGUCAAACUCCACAACCGGAGGACGAAAAUACACCGCAGAAACGCGUGGACAAGAUCUUCGACCAAAUGGAUAAAAACCACGACGACCGGCUCACUCUGGAGGAGUUCCGUGAGGGCAGCAAGGCGGACCCGCGCAUCGUUCAGGCGCUAUCACUUGGGGGCGAUUAAUCUAUGGUCAUCCUCUCGCCGGAUUUCACAUUUACUUAAAUGAGCUGCAUAUGUAACUCCGCCGCGUGUAGUAACUUCAUUCAAUUAUAUAAUAUAAUAAUAGCAUAGUCAGAUUACUUCUCGAAUUGUGUUCUAAUUAUAAACAUUUAAAUUUACUUCAACUUAAUAUUUUUACUAUGAUAUUCGUGAUAUUGAUGAGAUCUAUUCUUCGCCAACCAUAAGUAAAAUUUCUUAAUUAAAAUAUUUAAAUAAUAGUUUAUUUUUACCUCUAAAGGUUACGGUGGUUUUCGAUUCAACUUAUGAGAGACUUUAUGUGUCUUAUUUAUAUUUUAGAAAAGAAUGUCAGUUUCUUCUUUAUAUAUAGGUUAAGAUUUCUUACAUAUAAAGUUAACGGUACUUUCUGCAAAUCUCUUACUGCAGUACCACGUUUAUAUACGUAAAACUACAUAAAAAGUUACUAACUUUAACCCGUUUAUAUCUACUUUUAUUACUACUAAACUAAACUGGGAUUUGCGCACACGCGGCGGAUGUUUGAUUAUUGUAACAUUUGCCAAUAUGAACAGCAGGCAAAGAGCGAGGCUUAUUAUUUCUAUUCUUACACAAAUGUUUCCCUUCUGUUAGCUUAUUGUGGUGUGCUUAAUUGUUACAAUUGACUAUAACUGAUUGUAAUAUUAUGGUUUUCAAAACUUCGUCAUAGUCCGUAAAAAUUUCUUGUAAUUGUAUUUUCUGGGUGCAUGCACUUAUAGGAAAGAUAUGUGUAUUUGUAGUGUAACAAAAUUCAGUGUAUAUCUAAACGAGAAGCAUCUUAAUAGAAACGGUGUAGUAGGUAAUUUAAAAAAUAAUCAUGUUCUAUUAUAAUGUCGUAUACUCUAUUCUCAAACCUAUAUUACCCUACUUUCAUAAUCUUAAAAUAACAGAAUUAUGCCUAUUUUCCGGCGCCACUUCGAACAUCUAUUUAAAUGUCCUUCGUAUUGAUUUUAUUGCUAUAUAAUGUAGCUAUAUGAGUCAUAUAUAUAUAAUGGAAAAUUAUAGAAUAAUAAAAGCAGGAAUAUUUUUUUUAUUUCAUUUUAUUCAGACGAAAUGUUCCCCUACUUACUUCUACUAUUUUAUGCAUUAAUACAUUUUGAGUAAUAUAUGUCUGCUAUUGUUGCUAAUUAAGAAAAAUUGUUACUACUAAGAAAUUAUAAUUAUGAUAUAAAUAUUAUUUUGACUGAUUGGUAAGUUUUAAAUAUACCGUAUGAUGCUUUAAUUCUUAUUUAUUACUUCUGCUAGAAUACUUAAGUACUGACGUAUAUGAGGAUUCUUAUCAAGUAAUUAGCCAACGCAGUAAAUAUAAUUUAAUGUAUAGUUUAACUUUUUCUCAGUACUAAAAUUUAUGCAUAAAUAUAAAAUAAUAAAAAGUAAAUUACGUUUCCAUCAACAUACCUAAGAUCAACUCUGAAUUUUGAAUACAUUGUCGGUUGUUGAUGUAAAUAUUACUUAUUUAUAAUUUAUUAUAAUAUUAUGAUAGUCAUGGGAAGUAUAUGAGGCAAUUAAAAGUUACGUACCCUCGCCAUAAAUUUCGUGUUGGCAAAUUGAAUGAUGCUCUAAUUGAAGUAAAUGCUGAAUAAAAUCUGUACUGCUUUUCUGGUAACGACAGCGAUCUAAAAGUUGGCAAUGAAGGGGGUGUCAAUUCAGUUACAUAACAAAUUUUCAUUUAGUAACAUAAUUAAUGAAGACCUACGAAGGCAUAUUCUCCAAUAUAAUUUAAUAUAAAACAACAGUUAUAUCUAAUUACUUUAAAUUGGCACAUAUUUCCAAUUUUGCAAAUACAUUUACAAAAAAGAUUUCGAAUUUGUCAAUCAUAGUAUAAAUAAAUUUUGAUCGUUUUAAAUAGAUCUACUAGUUAUUCUCUACUAAGAUUCAACAGGUCGCAUUUAUGGUGCGGAUUCUAUUGUAUCUCUAUCUACACCUAUAUUUCGAUUUACUGCCUGUAUUUCAACCUCACAAUCAUUAGGUCUGAGAUUGUGUCUUACUUCAAUACACCGACUAAUGAACUACCUUUUGUUAUGCCAAUCAGUCCCUACUGACUGUAAGUCAAAACGUAACAUUUCGUAAACACUAUGGACUGUUACACAGUACUCCUAGUGAUUUCUCUCAUUUACGUCAACAAAUUACUUGUUAAUAAUACCAACAUAUUCAUUAUAGUUAGUCAUUUUAUCUGAAAUAACUAAAAUUAACGUCUCAUUUUUACAGCCUUUCCAGGAUAUAUAAACAACAUAUUUAAAUGCUUCAUUCCACGUUAUAAAUUAAACAUAGCAAAUUAAUUAUAAUAUGUUUUUAAAUUAAGAAUUAAACCUC